CUACUGUGCGCGGUGCUGUUGCCGGAAGUUGGGCGGAGGGUACGAUGUGCUAAGGAGGGGGUCUGCCGGCGAUUUGCGGAAUGGCCAAUCCUUUAAGAGGAGAAGUGGUGAAGCUUUAUAAAAAUCUGCUGUUCCUCGGGCGGGAAUACCCCAAAGGCGAGGACUACUUCAAAGAGCGGCUGAAAAACGCCUUCAUGAAAAACAAGGAUGUGAGAGAUCCUGAAAAAAUAAAGGAACUUCUCGCUCGGGGAGAGUUUGUCGUCAAGGAGAUCGAAGCUUUAUAUUAUCUGAGGAAGUACAGAGCCAUGAAGCAGAGAUACUACGAAGACGACCAGAACUUGUGACAUCACCGAAACGGGGCGAAAAGAUGGGCUUUAAGAUAACGAAAACGAUCAAAAUCAUCGAGAUGCCGGGAGACGGCGGCCGUGGGCUACACACGAAAACGCGCAGCUUUAUAGGUGCUGUGCCUGCUUUUUAAAUUAAAAAAAACAUGAGUUUAGUGACUGGUGUUACCAUGGUAACAGAUCUGUUCAUACUGUUCAAGCCUGUUUGUACAUCAUGUGACACAGCAGGAUCCAUUGAAAUGUCGACGUGCGCCGGUAAGAGGAAAGCAGACUGUAUACGGUCCCAAUAAACUCCCUUUAUCUGCA